UUGACACUGCGUAUGUCGAGGCUAGCACGAAACGAUCGAUUCUGUCUCGCACUUUCCGGUGAAAACAGAUUGUCGCUAUGGAUACGAACUGACUUUUCUCGUAUAAUCUCGUUUCGUGGUUGUUAUACGUCGAGUUUGUUCCAAAUAUAUAUAUUUUCAAUGGGAAAGCAAAUACGGAAUUAUGGCCCAAUCCCGUUUUUGGACAGAGAAGGACAUUUCAUCGACGAAAUUCCAAUUGACAAAUGGAUCCAGCCAGCAAAAAUUACGAGAGUUCCUACACUGAAGAAUAAGAUUACAAGACAAGACAAUGAAGUACCAGAUUCAAAUAAAACACAAACCAAAGGCACAAAGGCUAUCGACAUUCCACCUACAAUGCAACCUAACAAAAAUCAACACAGGGAGAACGGAAAACAUGACAAACAAAAAGGAAAGAUUAAUUCGAAGGUAGAUAGUCAAGCUGAUUUAAAGAAGAAUCCUAACUGGGCAAAAAAUCUACUAGUCUGGCAGCGUCUAUUUGCACAUCACACACUUAACAGCAUACGCAAAUCCGUUGUCUACGUUUGCAACAACGCUCCACGUGACAAACUCGAUUUUGUGCUUGAUUCAACGUACAGACACGAAGAUGCAGUAUUUCCAGAGGUUACUGACGUCUAUUUACAGUCUGAGACAUUGGGACGUGAAACUUGGCGAGUACUGAGAAAUAAUAAACACAUUCCACCACCUGCAGUCAUAUCACGAGGCCAUCCUAUCAAAUUUGGUGGUAUCACACAGCGUUCCAACACCUAUAAUGUUAACCUCAGCAUACCAUCACCUCAUGCUGCUCAAACUAAUGCAGGUUACUCCCGCAGAGAAGAUGGAGUUUUCUAUAAGGUUUGA